AUGUCAUCCCUUGAUCAUACUCAAUCAUCAAGUAAUGAUCAACAAUCCGAAUUUCUGUCACUAAGUGAGGUAAUUCCAAAUAUCCAUACUAUUUUUGAUCGAACUGAUAUUGAAAUAACAACCCAAAAUGAAGAAAAAUACAUUAAUAUUACAAAAUUAUUAAAGAAAUAUAGUACAACUCCAAGAAAGCCAAAAUAUUUUAAACCUAAUAAAUCCAAUUGGAAAGGAAUGAUGAUUGAAAAAAAUAAAUUUGUUGAACCGGUUUGGGCCUUAUCAUUUCUAUUGAGUCCAUCCUGUAAAUGUAAAGAAUCUGUUUUGGAAUUAAUUUCCAAAUAUUUAGUCCAAGAUUUAACACCCAUUGUAAUAAGAAAUAAUGUUGAGCAGUCAGGAAUUAAUUUGAAAUUCGUAGGAGGUUGCUGUUCUGCUUGUGGUAAUGAAAGUAUCACAUGUUCCACAAAGUAUAGAAAGAAAAUUACAGAAAUGACAGAUGCUACCUAUAGAAACAAAAUUGUAAAUAAUGUUAUGAAUAUUUUGUAUGGUAUUUGUACAGCUUGUGGAUUAAACUUACUGUUAAUGUUAGCUCUCUACUUUCAAAGAAAUAUCCCAGAAUUUGUGAAGAUGUUAAGGUGUAUGAGAAUUAAUCCAUCCACAGGUAAAGAAAACGAAUCAUUAUGGUUACAAAUCAAGAAUGCUGUUUCUACAGUCAAAAGUAAAUUAGAUAUAAGCAAGAAACUAAUUCAAUAUGUGAAAGAUUUCAUUCUACUAAGUGAUGAGAAAUAUCAAACAUUCAUUGAAUAUACAGGUUUGAAAUGUAUUCUUCCUUGUUCUAGAACAUUGUGUAGAUUGAGAAGUGCCAUUCAUGAAUGCACCCAAGCUAGAUAUAACGUGUUUGUUAAUGGUGUAGCCGUUUGUUGUAAUUUUGUGAAAGUAUUGGGUGACAUGUUAAAUAUUCACAAAUCAAUUUGUAGCAAGAAUAAUAUUAGCAAUAGCCUUUCUAGUGUAGACUUGAAACUUUCAUUAGAUAAGGGAACUGAGACUUAUUUGGUGGGAUCUGUUGCUCCUUUAAAUUUACAAGUGGCAGCACAAUCCAGAUUCUCUCAAAUUAUUUGUGCCAUUCUAGAUUAUGAUGAAAAUAUGGAAGCAUCUAAUGCCAUUUUAAGGUUCAUUACUUCAAUAUUAGAGGAAAGUUACAAUUCUUUAACUGGUUUCUUUGAAAUAAUGUAUAAUGAUACUUCCAUUCCAAUCAAAAUAUUCAUGGUACAUGAUUUGAAGAUGUUUGGAUUAAUAUCUGACUUGAAUGAUGAAGAAUGUUUUUGUCCUUAUUGUAAAUGUAAGAAAUCACAACGUCAUCUUUAUGAACAUGAUAAUGAUCCAAGAACAUUAUUUUUCAGAAUGAUGCCUAAUGUCCUAGUCCAUAAUAUUAUUUGUUCCUUGCAUAUGAAGAUGAGAAUUGUUUCUUGUUUGGUGGUACAGAUUUUACUCCAACACGGAAAAGAUGUAUGGGAUGUAAUUGAAUCAAGAAUGAAAAGAUUACCACAUCUAUCUCAAUUCAAAUACAGAAACGAGAGACAAGAGGAUGAAGAUGAAGGUGUGAGUGAUCAACAUUAUCCAAAAAUUCCAUAUUUAAAUGGUGAUCAAGUUGAUGAAAUCCUCCGCAACUUUGAGAAAAUAUUUGAUGGCUAUUUGGAUUACAAAGGAGUGAUGUUGUGGGAGUUGGUUCGAGUUAUUUUUUUUGAUUUUAUUGAAGGUCCUGAUUCGCUAAUUGGUGAUGUGGACAAGAAGGACACUUUACAAUUAAUGUGCAAGUACGUUGGCCGUUUAUUGAGAGAGAUUUAUCCAACAUCAAAAUUUGCAUAUUACUUCCACAUUUUGAUUAAGCAUGUUCCAGAUUUGAUUUUCAUUUAUGGUCCAUUAGUGAAAUUUGCUAAUGAAGGAAGUGAAAACAUCCAUGCUGGCCAUCGGUUAGCUCUAGAAAGAAGCACAGCUUCAGGUGGAAAAGCAAAUAAGUUAGAAACUCUCCAACUGUUACAACAAGAGCACAGACGUAUUUAUUUAGCAAGUGUAAAUGGUUUCCCAUGGCUAGGAAAACACACUGAACUGAAAGAAGUUGAACAAAGUGAUCACUCAUUCCUUCACUCCAAAUUACUAAUUAUGGAACUUGGUGAAAUGAAUGAUGAAAAUUGGUUGGUCUCUUUAACCAAUUUACACAGAGAUGAAGAAGGAAAUGUUCCAAUGCCUGAAGCAAUGAUAGCACCAGAAAGAAUGCCACCUCAAAGAAUAGGAGGUUUUGAAAUAAAUUAA